UCCUUCUCCCCAUCAUACUCUGUACCACCCUCCUCUCUGUCGACCAUAGUAUGAGCCCUGAGUGACUGUGCUGCCUACCGUGACUGACUUGGCCGGGCAGCGCACACCUGGACAGGGUGAGGGAGCCGGCAGCAGUGGGCACCUAUGUUCUCCGUGUCACUAAAGUGUCGCCUGGGGAUCAUAAAGCGACGAGUGAAAGAUGAUGGACCGUACUCCAAGGGAAACAAAGACUUUUCAGGGAACGAUGUUGCGUUGGUCUCCAGGCGUCAAAGCAUUCCAGAGGAGUUCCGGGGAGUGACCAUUGUGGAGCUCAUUAAGAAAGAAGGCAGCACAUUGGGACUGACCAUCUCUGGGGGCACAGACAAGGAUGGCAAGCCCAGAGUGUCCAACCUGAGGCCGGGAGGCCUGGCCACCAGAAGUGACCAGCUGAAUAUCGGGGAUUACAUAAAGUCCGUGAAUGGCAUUAACUUGACAAAACUGCGCCAUGAAGAGAUUAUCAGCCUCCUGAAGAACGUAGGAGAGAGAGUGGUGCUGGAGGUGGAGUACGAGCUGCCGCCAGCCUCUCCAGAUAAUGCCGCCAUCAUCCCAAAGACACUGGAGAUCACCUUGUGCAAAGAAGGGAACAGCUUCGGCUUUGUUAUGAGGGGAGGGGCACAGGACGACUGGCACAAAUCCAGGCCUCUGGCGAUAACCUACGUGAGACCGGGAGGACCAGCAGAUAGGGAAGGAACUUUGAAAAUUGGGGACAGGAUUUUGUGUGUGGACGGCAUUGCUCUGCACAAUGUUCCUCUCUGUGAUGCUCUGAAUAUACUCCGGCAGUGCAGCCAGGAGGCAGUCUUCCAGAUUGAAUAUGAUGUUGCGCUUAUGGACACUGUGACAAAUGCAUCAGGACCUCUGCUAGUGGAAAUAGCCAAGACUCCAGGAUCCACGCUGGGCAUAUCCCUGAGCACUGGCACUCACCGGAACAAGCAAGUCAUAAUUAUUGACAAAGUUAAACCUGCCAGUGUGGUUGACCGCUGUGGGGCUCUUCACCCCGGUGACCACAUCCUGUCCAUAGAUGGCACCAGUACGGAGCAUUGCACUGUGAUGGAGGCGACCCAGCUGCUUGCGAGCACCACAGAGAAUGUGAAGCUGGAGAUCCUCCCAGCACAUCACAGCCGCCUCUCUCUGAGGCCACCAGAGACUGUUAAAGUUCAAAAGAGUGAACACCACCACUGCUGGGACCCCUGCAUCAACUACUGUCACACCCAUCAUCCAGGGCACUGCAAGACUCCUACCUGGAAUCCAAGCUCCAAUCAAGACUACUGUAAAUCUUUGGUUGCCACCAACCUCUCUUCCUCUUCUUCAGCUGGGACCCCGGGGUUUAGUAGCAGUCAGAAUUCCAACACCCUUCCCCGCUCUGCACAUCAGAUGAGCCCGAGGACCACUAUGACCCGCCGGCGGCAGCGUAGGAAGGACCAUAAAAGCUCAAUAUCCCUGGCUUCCAGCACUGUGGGUCCUGGUGGGCAGAUCAUCCAUACAGAGACCACCGAGAUUGUCCUACGCGGGGACCCUUUAAAUGGCUUCGGUGUCCAGCUGCAGGGAGGAAUAUUUGCCACGGAGACUCUGUCUUCUCCGCCACUCAUCCGAUUCAUUGAGCCGGACAGCCCUGCAGAGAGGUGCGGCCUCCUGCAGGUAGGGGACAGACUGCUCUCCAUCAAUGGUAUUUUAACAGAGGACGGGACUCUGGAGGAAGCCAAUCAGCUCCUGCGGGACGCCGCGCUUUCCAACAAAGUCGUCCUGGAAAUCGAAUAUGAUGUGGCUGAGUCCGUAGUUCCGAGCAGUGGUACGUUCCACGUCAAGCUGCCAAAAAAGAGGGGCGUGGAGCUGGGCAUUACCAUCAGCUCCAGCAGAAAACCCAGCGAACCUUUAAUUAUAUCGGACAUCAAGAAGGGCAGCGUCGCACACAGAACCGGCACCCUGGAGCCCGGAGACAAGCUGUUAGCCAUAGAUAACAUCCGCCUCGACAACUGCUCGAUGGAAGAUGCUGUGCAGAUACUGCGCCAAUGUGAGGAGCUCGUCAAACUGAAGAUUCGAAAGGAUGAAGACAAUUCGGACGAGCAGGAAACGACGGGCGCUAUCAUAUACACAGUGGAGCUGAAGAGAUAUGGCGGGCCAUUAGGUAUUACGAUAUCGGGGACUGAAGAACCCUUUGAUCCCAUCGUUAUUUCCGGCCUCACAAAGAGAGGGCUGGCUGAAAGAACUGGAGCAAUUCAUGUCGGGGAUCGGAUCUUGGCCAUUAACAGUGUGAGUCUAAAGGGAAAACCGCUGAGCGAGGCCAUUCACCUGCUGCAGAUGGCUGGAGAGACGGUGACCCUCAAGAUAAAGAAGCAAGCAGAGAGGACACAUUCUCAAAAGCUCUCAGAUGGAGUAAAUGAAGGGAGCGACCCCGAAGACGACCUCACCGACUCUCAGAAGACCAGCAAGUUAUCUGAGAUCUACUCCACGACCAUCCCCAGUGUGGACAGCGCUCUGGAAUCAUGGGACGGGUCUGGUAUUGAUGCAGGAUAUGGAAGCCAUGGUAACUAUAUGCAUCAGGCUGUGGGGAUCUCGUUACAUCCACAUGAGUGGAGAACGGCCCGGCAGAAGAUGAACACCCCACCAGUGGAACACAGGAAGAGCUACCCCUUUCUUGAUGGAAGCUUCCAUGAGGAGGAGUGGGACAAGCCAGCUCGAUACCCCAGUCAACCCAACGGCCUGGAGACCGAGCACGAUGAUAGCUUCUGGCGAGUGUUCGGGGAAGCUUUAGAAGACCUAGAAACGUGUGGACAGUCGGAGCUCCUCAGGGAGAUCGAGGCUUCCAUCAUGACCGGCACCGUGCAAAGUAUCGGGCUUGACGGAAGCAAACUGCUCCUCGAAAACGCCAAUCAAAGUAGCCGCUUUCUGCAUCGGAAAGGAGGUUCCCACCACUCUAAAAACAGCCCCAAAAAGGAGAACAAGCUCAACCAGGACCCCAAAAUCCUGAAGGAUGACGGCCAAGACGUGUCCGCUGCUGCAGAACUGCUGAAGGUGACCGUGAUGAAGGACUUGGAAACAGAUGACUUUGGCUUCAGUGUCUCAGACGGGCUUCUGGACAAAGGCGUUUAUGUCAAUAUGAUCCGUCCCGGGGGUCCGGCAGACAGGAGCGGUCUUCAGCCUUACGAUAGGAUCCUGCAGGUGAACCACGUCCGCACACGAGAUUUUGACUGUUGCCUGGCGGUGCCUCUCUUGUCCGAUGCUGGCGACAGGUUAGACCUGGUCAUCAGCCGCAAGCCUCUGUCCAGUGGGGUUCGAGAGGAGAUCCUUAAACACCCCACUAGUUUAGAAUCCAAGACGAGCACAAAGACCCUCUGAGGAGCCUAAAGUGUGACUUUUUCCCCAACCUAGAAGAAGCGGCCAUUGAGAAAAUGCGGCAACCCCUUUACGUCAAGGGACAGGUUGGCGACUGUCUCAUUCUGACAGUUUUCAGCACUUUUUCCUGUUUUUUUUCUUUACUUUGGCGUAUUCGCUAGGAUGUCGGCGUCCUUGUGGUUGGAGAUUCAUCCCUCUCUCAUGGUGCUAUCAGUUGUAUUAUUUGACUCUAUACCUCAUGUUAGUGAUGACAAGAAUCGUCUCGAAAGAUCCUGGAAACGAUUCUUCUUGUGGUUUGUGUAAUGUACGUGAUGCGGUUGCUGAUAUAUUAGGUGACCCGCCCCCUCCCACACACACAUUUAUCGUAUUUUCAACACUGACGCACUUUAUAUUCCCCUCACCCUCCACAAAGUAGAUUAGACACUAUUCCUCAAGAUGACCACCUCGAGAGCCUGAAAUGUUCCCCUAUUACUUCACCUAUACUUUAUUCACAAUGGACGGCUGACACGAAACUACAACUCCCAGCACGAAGAGCCACAGGUUGCUAAUGUCAUUUUUUAUUUUUACCCACAAUGCACUUCAAGGGCCACACCCCAGCGCCUUACUUGGCGCUGUGAGACCACGCGCACUUCUUCCGUGAGAAUAGUAUUAUACUGUGUUUAGCACUUUCCCCGCGUCGCCCUAUGUUAUCGCACCUCACUGCCAUUUUGUGUUUCUUCAAGGAACCAAUCAGAGCUCAGCCUGAACUGAAACGCAGGCUCUGAUUGGCUGCCACAGACAAUGACACCCUUUUGUUGAUAAUGGAGUCCACUAGUCAUAAGCGUGAAUAGGAUUUUUUUUUAUUUUUUACACAUUGAGCAGCUGCACUGCCGACCACAAGAAAAGAAAGCGAUGUUCUUGGAGCACAGUAUGUUUUAUAAUGUAGCAUGCCGCCAUCUUAAUGGCGUUUAUACCUGAUGGCGCCAUUUUACUGCCAGAGCCACAGCAGAUAAGCCUGAUGCUUAGAAAAUACAUGGGAAACGACUGUCAAUGGCCCAGACUGGGCUGCAGGUGAGGGGUUGCCCAUAGCAACCAAUCAUAAUGCGGCUUUCAGUGCAGGUUAGGACUUAAAAGCUGUGAUCUGAUAGGUUGCUAUGGGCACCGCUGCCCUGCCACUGGUUUCUAGGUGCGGCCUAGUCUGUGGAGCAGCCAUUUCACAAGUUUCUGGCCUACAAUGACAAAUUCUGAGGUACCUUAGCGACCAUUUUUUUUUAUUUUAUGCUAAUAAUGACGGAUUUCACUCAGUGAAAUUUAAGGCAAAUGAUUGCAUAAGAAUUGUGAGGCAUUAAAUUUACCUCAAGAUGGCUUCCACAACCUCUGAUGGUGGCCAGAGAAAUAUGAUAUUCUUUCAAAUUUGUUUUGGCAUAGUCUCCAUACUGCAGUUUUGAUAUUAAGAUGACAUUAAAAAGCACCGAUCUCAGACUGUUGCAUAAACUACAACUCUCAGCAUGCACCAACAGCUGCAGAAUGCUGGGAGGUGUAGUUUUGUAACAACCGGACAGGCACAGGUUAGGGACCACUGAUACAUCAGCUGACAAGAUGGCUGCCAAGUACCUACCUAGUACUUUCUGUCUAUCCAGGUAAGUGACUGUAUUUCAGAUCUGUAGGCUAAAAUGGCUGCCUCUUGAUGUUUACUGAUCCCCUCGCACCCCAGUGUUCAUUAGGGCCAGUAUCUCCGUGGUUGCGGAUGCAGCGAACGCUCCCCACAGCCGCCACGCUGUCUUCAUUUCGCCAUACAUUUUGUGCCAUAGCAGGGACUGAAGGUAUUUUUAUAUGCAAUAUUUGUGGGUACAGAGGCCCCCAAUCUUUGGGUUUUCACACGAUGCAUUUAAACAG